AUGCUGCUCAAAGGAUUACGAGCCUGUGCUGAACGUGCCUCGAAGUCGCGCACGACAAACUUGGAUCGAAUUUCGAAGAUCACCAAGGAAUUGUUGGAAAGAAGAAGGGCUUUGAGGCUUGAUCCGAAUGCGUCGCACAUUGAGCGGUUAGUAGCAAACACUAGCUGCAGAAAAGCGUUGCAGGAGGAUCUUUUGAAGUACAGGCAGAAGAAGAUUCUAGAAGCAGCACAAAGAAGAACGAGUAUAAAGAAGUGCCGCAGGGAUCUCCGCGAAUAUAAUAUUCCGCUAGCAACCUUGCUGAGCGAAGACGGGACUCGCACAUCUUCUCGUCGUGAGAUGGAAAUCAUUACGGAGAGGUUCUACUCGAACCUUUUCCGUUCAUCAACUCCUGUGUCAAGCCCAAUCAUCCCCACUGGCGAAGCUCCACCACGGAUUCUCCCUUCGGAAGUACGAGUCGCUAUCAAGAGCAUGAAACCUGGCACAGCCACCGGACCUGAUUUUAUAUCAGCAGACUUUCUUCAGGCUGGUGGCCAUCCGCUUCAUGUAAUCUUAGCAGCGCACAUGACAUCCUACCUUCAGAAAGAAAGGAUCCCACACCAGUGGAAGACCUCGCGAACCGUUCUUAUCCAUAAGAAAGGUGACCGAGAGGACCUUCGGAACUACCGUCCGAUAUGCUUGCUGAGCGUGUUAUACAAAGUAUUCACCAAGAUCAUCCUCACCCGCAUAUCUAGGACACUGGAUGAAGCCCAGCCUCAAGAACAAGCUGGAUUCCACCAGGGGUUCAGCUACUUGGACCACAUCCAGACCGUGUCGAGGGUCAUAGAGGUUUGCCGGGAAUACCGCCUGCCCCUUGUUCUAACCUUCGUCGACUAUGAGAAAGCCUUUGACAGCGUAGAAACGAAUGCAAUACUGUCAGUGCUGGUCGACCAAGGUGUGGACGCGUCGUAUGUGAGGACAUUAGCUAAUUGCUACGAUCGAUUCACCACUAAGAUACAGCUCUUCCACCGCCCCCUCACCAUACCCAUUGGAAAGGGGGUGCGACAAGGCGAUACUAUAUCGCUGAAGCUGUUCACGGCUGCAUUGUAA